AUGGUUUAUUCCAUCAUGGAAAUCAACAGGUCACCUGUCCUCCUACCGAAUAUCACUCUGGGCUUCAAACUCUAUGAUUCCUGUUACAAUGAAGUUAGAUCUUUGAUGGGCACAACAUGGAUAUUGUCAGGAUCCAAAGAUGUUGCACCAAAUUUUAUUUAUAAUUGUCAUAAAGAUAUCUUGCCAUCUGCUAUAGUUGGAGACAUGACAUCUAAGGCUUCGAUCCCAAUGGCCCGGAUACUGGGAUUGUACAGAUACCCUCUGGUUAGCUAUGCAGCAGCUCAUCCAAUUCUAAGUGACAAAGUGCAGUUUCCAUCCUUCCUCCGGACAAUGCCCAAUGACAACUAUGAAAUCUUUGUCAUAGCUCAAUUAGUGAAAUACUUCAAUUGGACCUGGGUUGGCAUGAUAACCACUGAUAACGAGUUGGGAAGAUCGGGUAGUCAACUGUUAAUGAAAGAGAUUGAAAGGAAUGGUGGAUGCAUUGCCUUCCUUGAGACUCUUCCUAUCUACAACUCACUGGAAUCUGUUUUACGAAUUGUAGACGUCAUCAAGGAAUCCAAAGCUACUGUCAUUCUUGUGUAUUCCACCAUGGAAAACCUGAUAUCAUUAAUGGAGGAAGCUUCAUUUCAUAACAUUACUGACAAAGUGUGGUUUGGCUGUGGAAGUUGGUCAAUUACCUCAGAUUUUCCUCGAAAAGAUAUUUUAACAACUUUAAAUGGGAGUUUGAGCAUGUCUCUUCCUCUUGGAAAAAUCCCGGGGUUUAAAGAAUUUCUUUAUAGCAUUCAUCCUUCUAAUUUUGCAAAUGACAUAUUUAUUAAGAGAUUUUGGGAAAAGGCAUUUGGAUGUACCUGGCCAGCUGAAGGAGUAAACAACCUAACAACUCAAGUAUCUUUUGGAGAAGGAAUCCGUUGGUGCACAGGGAAUGAGAAACUGGGUAGUAUUGAUCCAACAGUUUAUGAUGUCUACAACUUCAGAUACACAUAUAAAAUCCACAAUGCAGUUUAUGCAAUAGCUCACGCCUUGCAUGAGAUGAAUUCAUGUGUGCAAGGCAAUGGUCCUUUCAAGAAUAGAUCCUGCGCAGACAUUUAUAAUCACCAACCAUUUCAGGUGCUUUACUACAUCAGAAAUGGAAAAUUUGAAAACCCAGCAGGGGAGACUAUGUUUUUUGAUGAGAAUGGUGAUGUUCCCUUGUAUGUGGAUGUCUUGAACUGGCAACUUUACCCAAAUGGCAGCUAUCAAUAUGUACAUGUUGGUAGUUACGACGCACGUUCUCCUAAAGGCCAGGAACUCAAUAUUGACAAAGACAAGAUUGUAUGGAAUAUAGGAAAUGGCAAAGUCCCUCUCUCUGUCUGCAGUAGCCCAUGUUCAAGAGGACAAAGGAGAGCCACACGCCAAGGGCAGAAAAUCUGCUGUUUUGAUUGUCUGCCUUGUUCUGAGGGAGAGAUCCUGAACCCUAAUGAUAACAGCGAAUGUCUCAAGUGCCCAGAUGAUAUGUGGCCGAAUGCUAGUAAAGAGAAAUGUGUUCCAAAACCAGUUCAGUUUCUCUCGUAUGAGGAGUCACUGGGAUCUUCAUUGACUUGUAUUGCUGUGACAUGCAGUGUAUUGACUUUCUCUGUCCUCUGCCUGUUCAUUAUAAAACGGAGGACGCCCAUAGUGAAGGCCAAUAACCGAGAACUCAGCUAUCUCCUCCUUGUCUCCCUCAUGUUCUGCUUCCUCUGCUCCUUGGUGUUCAUUGGUCGACCUGAGAAAAUGACUUGCAUUCUACGCCAAGUGGUGUUUGGCAUCAUCUUCUCCAUUUGCCUUUCUGUAAUCCUGGCCAAGACAAUCACUGUGAUCAUGGUCUUCACUGCUACCAAUCCGGAUAGCAAAUUAAAAAGAUUAGUGGGACUCCGAAUACCAAUUUAUAUAGUUCCUUCUUGUACAGUGGUUCAGAUAGUGUUAUGCAUUAUCUGGCUUACCACUUAUGGACCCUUUGUUGAAUUCAACAUGGCAGCUGAGGUUGGGACAGUUAUUGUUGAAUGUAACGAGGGAUCUAAAGUGUUAUUUUCAUGUGUAUUGGGUUAUAUGAGUCUUUUAGCUUCUACCAGCCUCCUUGUUGCAUUUCUGGCCAGGAAACUCCCUGAUACCUUUAAUGAAGCCAAAUUUAUAGCCUUUAGCAUGUUGGUGUUCGCCAGUGUUUGGGUAACAUUUAUCCCAGCUUAUCUCAGCACCAAAGGUAAGUACAUGGUGGCUGUGGAGAUCUUUGCUAUAUUAUCUUCAAGUGCCGGGCUACUUACAUGCAUAUUUUUUCCAAAAUGUUAUAUAAUCUUAUUACAGCCAGAAAUGAACACUAAAGAUUAUAUAACUGGCAGAAAACGUAUCCACGCAUUAUCCUAGAUGGGAUCUGAGGUGUUUUACAUAGUACACAGUGCUAGCAUCUGGGCACACAUUAUCCUA